CGUAUCUGAGUUUUUUUCCGGUGCAAGCUACAUAGCAAACCGACCUGCUAGCGAAACCACGAGUAAAAGUAGCAAGAUACGCGUGUAAUUGAGAGCCCCUUGAAGAAAUCAUGUCUCACACCAUUCUGCUCGUGCAGCCCACCAAGAGACCAGAGGGCCGUACCUAUGCAGACUACGAAUCAGUUAAUGAGUGCAUGGAAGGUGUGUGCAAGAUGUAUGAGGAGCACCUGAAGAGAAUGAACCCCAGCAGUCCCUCCAUAACAUAUGAUAUCAGCCAGCUGUUUGAUUUUAUUGACGACCUGGCUGACCUCAGCUGUUUGGUGUACCGUACUGACACACAAACCUACCAGCCCUACAACAAGGACUGGAUCAAGGAGAAGAUCUACGUCCUUCUGCGUCGCCAGGCCCAGCAGUCUGGAAAAUGAGACCUGGAGCUCCAACAUGCAUGUGUGUGUUUGUGUGUGUGUGUGGGGGGGGGGGGGGGGGGCUGAAGGGGGGCGGGGGGGUUAUUGGCAAGAAUUGUAAGGGUAAGAAUGGAAAAAAGUUUGAAGUCCAUAAUAUUUUACUAUUUGUAAGUUCUUUUUUUCUGGCACAGAGAUUUUUUCCCCCGUUUUGUAUUAAAAGGCCUACUUCUAUUAAAAACGAAAUACCUUGAA